UGUGUUUUAUUUUUACCAGUGCCUGGAAAGUGCUGACUUCUUUUGAUUUGUCACUUUUGCCCAGCCACUGAAGCCAACAUGUCCCACACAGCAACUAAACUGGGCUACACCCCGCCAGACGGCGGCUGGGGCUGGGCUGUUGUCUUUGCUGCUUUCAUCUCCAUUGGAUUCUCUUAUGCCUUUCAAUCCCUCACCAUCUACUUCAAGGAGAUUCAGGAGUAUUUUUCAAUUUCCUACAGUGAGAUUGCCUGGCUGUCCUCAGUGAUGCUCGCUUCAAUGUAUGCCGGAGGACCUGUAAGCAGUAUCCUUGUCAACCGUUAUGGCAGCAGACCUGUGGUGAUUGUUGGCGGCGUUUUGGUUUCAGCUGGAAUGGUGCUCGCUGCUUUUGGCAGCACUAUCAUCCACCUGUACCUGUGUGUUGGAGUAAUUGGAGGUUUUGGUCUGGCCUUCAACCUGCAGCCAGCCUUAACCAUUAUAGGUACAUACUUCCAUGUGAAAAGGCCACUGGCAAAUAGUCUGGCUAUGACGGGCAGUCCGGUUGUUCUCUUCACUCUGGCUCCUCUCAACCAGUUUCUCUUUGAUUCUUUUGGCUGGAGAGGCAGCUUCCUCAUCCUGGGAUCCAUCACCAUGCACUGCUGUGUAGCAGGUGCUCUGAUGAGGCCAGUCAACAAAAAACUUAGAGCCAAACAAGUAACGGACCCGCCAGAGUGCAGCAGGGAAGAAAGUGCUGUUGCAGAGACCAGUGCACAGAGAGACCUGCUAACUGAGGAAAACCAAACUCAGAAAAGUCAAGGCUGUAUACACAAAUUCAUAGACUUCUCUCUUUUCAAACACAGAGGUUUCCUAAUUUAUCUUACUGGAAAUGUGGUGAUGUUUUUUGGAUUUUUUGCCCCUGUAGUUUUUCUGGCUCCAUAUGCCAAAACCCAAGGGAUUGAUGAAUACUCAGCUGCUUUUUUGCUGUCUAUUUUUGCACUCGUGGACAUGUUUAUAAGACCAGUUACAGGUCUCUUGGGUAACAGCAAGUGGGUUCGGCCAAGGAUACAAUAUUUCUUCAGUUUUGCUGUUUCCUACAAUGGUGUGUGCCACCUGUUAUGCCCGCUGGCAGAUGGAUACACAGGCCUUGCGGUUUACUCCGUCUUCUUUGGUUUUGCAUUCGGUAUGCUGUCUGCACUGCUCUUUGAAGUUCUGAUGGACUUAGUUGGAGCCCAUCGAUUUUCCACUGCUGUUGGACUUGUCACCAUUAUCGAGUGUGCCCCAGUGCUUCUCGGACCUCCACUUUCAGGAGCUCUGGUCGAUAUAUCUGGAGACUACAAAUACAUGUACUAUGCCUGUGGUGUGUUUAUGCUGACGUCCGGCAUUUUCUUCUUUGUCAUGCAUUACUUCAACUACAAGAGACUAGACGAGGAGAAAAAGCAGAGUGUGGGUGGUGCACUGAAGACGUCUGUGAUCGAGGAGGAAGACGUAGGACAAGUUAGAACAACACAAGCUGUUAAAACUGUGGACAAAACAGAUAAAUGAACUUAACAGAUGAUCCACCUGAGCACUAUGUCAGGAAAUAUUAGCUAUUAGUGACUGAAGGACAGGUUCUUUUUUUUUCAACCUGAGUUGUAUUAAA